AUGACUGAAGCAGCAGGCGCCGUUAUCGGCAUCAACUUUGGCCACUCAUACAGCUCUAUCGCUUGUAUCAACCAGCACGGCCGCGCCGAUGUGAUUGCCAACGAAGACGGAGAGCGUCAGCUCGCUACUCGCAUCGCCUUCAACGGUGACCAGGUUUACCUCGCCAACCAGGCCACCCCGCAACUUAUCCGCAACGCACCCAACGUCAUCGACAACUUUGUCAACCUUCUUGGCCGAUCCUACUCCGACCUCAAGGAGGACGAGAAGAAGCGCACUUCUGCUGCUGUCAUUGACGUCAACGGCACUCCUGGUUUCAAGGUCGAGAUCGACGGCAAGGAGACCACCCUCACUGUCCACGAUGUUGCCGUUCGUUUCCUCCGCUCGCUUUUCCUGACCGCCAAGGAUUUCCUCUCCGGUGUCCCUAUCGCUGGUGCCGUCCUCAGCGUUCCUCAGUGGUUCCCCGAGGCUCAGAUCGCCGCUCUCAAAAAGGCUGCCGAGGAGGCUGGCUUGAUUGUUUUUCAGGUCGUCCCCGCUUCCGCUGCUGCUCUUGCCGCUUACGGUCUCACUGCGCCACGAGGUCACGGCGAGCUCCCUGCUCACCCGGACGGUGUUGAGGGUGUCCCUUACCGUGCCGGCCAGGAGCUUGAUCGCAACGUCGUUGUUGUCGACAUGGGCGGCUCUUCCACCGAUGUCACCGUUUUCUCUUGCCGCGCUGGUCUCUACACAACCCUCGCCUACCUCCACGACUCAACCGUCGGCGGCUCCGCCCUCGACGCCGCUCUCGUCCAGUUCUUCGCCAAAGAGUUCACCAAAAAGACAAAGGUUACCAUUGCAGACACCGACAAGCGCGCCUGGGCCAAGCUCCGCAACGAGGCCGAAUUCACCAAGCGUGCCCUUUCAGCUUCCAACUCUGCCACUUGCUCCGUCGAGUCCCUCGCCGAGGGCAUCGAUUUCACUGGUAGCGUCAACAGGAUGCGAUUCGACAUGCUUGCCGGCUCCGCGUACGGCAAGGUCGUAGCUGGUAUUGAGAAGGUUCUGAAGGAGGCUGGGUUGGAAGCAUGCCAGAUUGACGAGGUUGUCUUGUCAGGAGGCAGCGCAAGGUUGAGCGGAUUGGCAGAUAGGUUGACUGGUUUGUUCGGAGAUGCAGAGGAGAACGGUGCGCACAUCACUGCCAGCAUUGACGCCGACCAGGUUAUUGCUAGGGGUUGCGCUAUCCAGGCUCAAGUCGUCGCUGCUGCCCCUGAGGGAAGCAAGGAGUCAGAGUACAUCCGCAACGUUCCUGCUGCUCCCGUCGCAUCCGUUUCCGACCUCAAGGUUCCGACCACCUCGGCACCACUUGGUCUCAUUCUUACCGACAAGACCUUUGUCACUUUGAUCCCCGCCAACACACCUUUCCCCAUCCGAAGGUCCUAUCGCUUCCCCGUUGCCAAGGGCGCAUCCGAAGUCGCCUUCACUCUCGACGAGGGUGUUGACGAGAUCAAGGUCGAGACCGUCCAGCCUGACGAGGAGGACUUGGACGAAGACGACGAGCCAAUGGAGCCAGAACAGAUCAAGACGGCUGUCACUAAGGCCGCAGGCAAGAAGAUUGCUGCUUUCACCGUCCCCACUCCCGCAAAGGGCGUCAAGAAGGUCGAGCUCGAGAUUACUUUGACCAAGCCUGGAAGCUUGACCGUCGAGGCAAAGGAACAGGGCGCUGCUGAGAGCGUUAAGCUUGCUCUCUAG